GGCAUUACACUGCUGGUUGCAGCAGCUCUGCCUACCCAGAGGCACUGGCAGAGUUUAAGUUCACUUCAAACUCAGCUGCAGCUGCCCUGGGGAGCCACAGUUUGAGAAGGUUUCGUUUUGUUUAAAUGAAGGUCUGUGGCAGAGCUGCUGUGUGACAAUCUCCUGCUGCUGCUGCUGCCAUGGCUGACCCUGUCCCCGAGGACGGCGUGUCCCAGGUCCCCGAGCUGUGCUGUGAGUGUGGCCAGGCCCACCCCUUGCUGGACAAUCACCUGUACAACUUCCAGGACGAGGUGGACGACGAGCUCAUCUGCCACAUCUGCCUGCAGCCCCUGCUGCAGCCCAUGGACACGCCCUGUGGGCACACCUACUGCUUCAAGUGCCUGGAGAACUUCAUGCAGGAGUACAGCUUCUGCCCCAUGGACCGCAAGAAGCUCUCCUUCCAGCAGUGCCACAAGUCCAGCCUGCUGGUGAGGAACCUGCUGGACAAGCUGCUUGUGCUGUGUCCUUUCAAGGCUGAGUGCCAGCAGACCAUGCAGCGCUGUGAGCUGGAAGCUCACCUGCAGAACAGGUGUCCUGGCUUUAAGAAAUACAAAUCUGAGCUGCAGCGGAAAAGGAACCCCGUUUCCAAAGGGAAGGAAGAGCCCCCUGCCAAGGGGGACACAAACUCACCCAAGGAUCCAGAGCUCCCAAGUGGAGGCUCCUCACUUGUGGCAGAAAGCUCUGGAGCUGCUGUGGUGUCACUGGGGACUGCAGAGCCUGGACUGGUCAAUCCAGCUUUUGAGGAGACUGAAGAAGACCUUCCUCAUAGAACCAGUCUUGUGGCUGAAACUACCACCAUCGAAAUCCACCGGGAGGAUCCAGAGGAAGAGCUGGGGAUGAGGAUAGUUGGGGGUAAGGACACCCCCCUGGGGAACAUCGUUGUUCAGGAGGUGCUGAGGGACUCUGUGAUUGCUGCUGAUGGAAGAAUUGCUCCUGGAGACCACAUCCUUGAGGUGAAUGGCGUCAACAUCAGCAGCGUGACUCACUGCCAGGCUGUCUCCUUCCUGCGCCACCCAGGGCCUGUUCUGCACCUCCUGGUGCUGCAGGAGAAGGGCUUUUCCAGCAGGACUGCCCAGCAGGAUCCCAGUGCCACCAGCAGGGAGGUGAUCCACGUCACCCUGGUGAAGAGAGACCGAUCGGAGCCCCUGGGAAUCAAACUGAUCAGGAAGACUGACGAGGCAGGGAUCUUCAUUCUGGAUCUCUUAGAGGGGGGCUUGGCAGCCAAGAAUGGGAAGCUGAGUCGGAAUGACAGAGUCCUUUCAAUAAAUGGGCAGGAUUUGAGGCAAGGAACUCCUGAGGCUGCUGCCCAGAUCAUCCAGACCACGGAAUCCAGAGUGAACUUUGUGAUCCUGAGGCAGUCUGGGCUGCAGCUGGGGGAGCCAGGGGAGGAUGGCAGCACCUCCAACAGCAGCAGCAGCAGCAGCAGCAGCAAUGGGGGCAGCCCUGUGCACCACCGGAGGCGACCAGAGCAGAGCCACUACAGGAGGAAAUCCACCUACCAGAAGGAUUUGCCUCAGGGAUAUGUAAGUCAUGAGAAGACAGUUGCAAUAAAAAAGGAGCCAAAGGAAUCUUUGGGAAUCACAAUUGGAGGUGGAAGGGAUAACAAAAACAAGCUCCCUAUCUAUGUGACAAGUGUGCAGCCCAUUGGAUGCCUCUUCAGGGAUGGCAGAAUCAAGAGAGGGGAUGUCCUUCUGAGCAUAAAUGGCAUCGAUUUGACUCAUCUGAACUACUAUGAAGCUGUCUCAGCUCUGAAAUCCAAUGCAGCCUCCCACUCAGUCACACUGAAAGCCUUGGAAAUCCUGUCCCUGAGCUGCCCAGAGCCAGCCCUGGACAUCAGGGAGCAGGGCUUCAGCUGGUCUCCCCUCUGGAUCACGUGGCUGGGAUUGCCCAGCUACCUUCACUUCUGUCAAGAUAUUGUCCUUAGUAAAGGAAACCUGGAAAGUUGGGGCUUCAGCAUCGUGGGAGGCUUUGAGGAGAGCAAAGGAAACCAACCCUUCUUCAUCAAAACCAUCGUGCCCGGCACUCCUGCCUUCAGGGACAGGAAACUCAAGUGUGGAGAUGAAAUCGUGGCAGUGAACGGAGUGCCAGCAAUAGGAAUGAGCAACUCAGAACUGAUCCCAAUGCUGAAGGAGCAGAGGAACAAAGUCACCCUGACCGUGGUGUCCUGGCCAGGGAGCCUGGUGUGACAGCCCCAGGCCACCCCCAACACCUGCAGGUAUCCACCAGCAGCUGGCACCACCCAGGCCACACUGCCAGGGAACAGGGACUGCUCCACUCCUGCUCCUGCUGCAUUGCCAGGGAAGACUCCUUGCUUCCUUUCUAUGGAAAACAUUUUACCAACAAAUCUGGAUGCUGAAUUCAAAGUAAGGGUUAAUCCAACAGUUGUUGAGCUUCCCAGGCUCAUCAAAGCUCCUCAGGAUUGGUGGAGCACAGAAAGCUCUUCCCAGCUUUCUCCACAACCUGCCCUGGAGGCUGCUGAGGCUUGCCUUGAUUCCAGGGCUCUGCUUUCCACUGAGUAUUUGAACAGGUUAAAACAGAGGCUUUAAAAGCAGCUACUGGAUCUGGAAGGAUGGGGACCCAAUUGAGGCAUUUCUGUCUAUCAGGAUUUCCAGGAGCAUUUUUAGGUGUCAGUAACCCAAGGGAUGAUUUAACACCUGAAAACCCCACAGUAACUCAGAGCUGGUGAGCUGUGGUACCUGCAGGAGGGUCCUGGCACAAAUCCCAGUUCAGGACCUGCCAACUCCACUGUUUUACUGCAAAGGGACAAUUUCAACAGCUUCAAGAACCACUCUCAAAGGCAGCAGCAAGAGGGGUUUCAUUGGAAUAUGAUGUUGCAAAAUGUGACUUUAUCAAAGGUCAAGGGUAAGAUUCACUUAUUGCACACAGGUUUCCCUGGUUUUAGGAUUGAUAAGAGCAGCUUUUCCCCAGCAGGGAAUGGGCUGGUGUCAGCCCUGGCCCAGCCUGACGCUGCUCUGUCUUAUUUUUCUGUUCCCAGUGAUGAGGGGCAGAGUUCAGGCAGGGGCAGAAGCACCUGUACUGGCAGGUGAGAUUUCUCCUGCAGUUCCCUUCAUGUCCCUCUUGCAGCUGGAGCAGAAUAUCAAUUUAUGGGAUCAGGGGAAGCUCAAAGGAUCCUUGGCUGCAGGAAAAGUCACCUCCUGAAGGAGACUGUGCCCAGCCUGGCUUCAGUUCAAACCCACUGUGCAGUUAAAAUUUACAAUGAAAGAACUGAAGCCCAGGCAGGGUGCUUUGACCUCUGACACUGUGAAAGUUCCUACUUGCAAACUCCACCUGAAGCAAUCCCCUUUUUUAGCAGUUUAAUGAGCAGCAGAGAUGGUGGGUUCUUCUCAAACCAGGUUGCACUGAGAGAUCUUUGCUCCUGUGCUGCCUCUGCUGCACCUUUUGCAGGAGCAGCUUUGUGAGAAUCCAAGGAGUCUGUCCCCUGUCCAAAUGCUGCCUGGAAUGAAUGUUUAAUUCAACUGAAUGAAUGUUUAAUUCCUUCUAGCAGCCCUGGGCUGGCACUUUGUCAUUUGCUGUCCCUGGGCCUUGUUCACACACAGUGACUUCACCUCCUGUGCUGGGAGCUGCAGGCAGGGACAGCAGGGCCUGUCCCAGAGCCCUGGGCCCUGCAGGAGCCUCAGCUCACCCUGCCAGCAGCCCAGGGCCCUGCAGGAGCCUCAGCUCACCCUGCCAGCAGCCCUGGGCCCUGCAGGAGCCUCAGCUCACCCUGCCAGCAGCCCUGGGCCCUGCAGGAGCCCCAGCUCCAUCUCCAGCAGCCCUGGGCCCUGCAGGAGCCCCAGCUCCAUCUCCAGCAGCCCUGGGCCCUGCAGGAGCCCCAGCUCCAUCUCCAGCAGCCCUGGGCCCUGCAGGAGCCUCAGCUCCAUCUCCAGCAGCCCAGGACCCUGCAGGAGCCUCAGCUCCAUCUCCCAGAGCCCUGGGCCCUGCAGGAGCCUCAGCUCCAUCUCCAGCAGCCCAGGGCCCUGCAGGAGCCUCAGCUCCAUCUCCCAGAGCCCUGGGCCCUGCAGGAGCCCCAGCUCCAUCUCCCAGAGCCCUGGGCCCUGCAGGAGCCCCAGCUCCAUCUCCCAGAGCCCUGGGCCCUGCAGGAGCCUCAGCUCCAUCUCCCAGAGCCCUGGGCCCUGCAGGAGCCCCAGCUCCAUCUCCAGCAGCCCUGGGCACUGCAGGAGCCCCAGCUCCAUCUCCCAGAGCCCUGGGCACUGCAGGAGCCUCAGCUCACCCUGCCAGCAGCCC